AUGGCCGCCCCCGCGGGAGCAGCGCUGGAAGACGCGGAGCUGCGCGAAGCUCAGCGCGAGUACUUGGACUUCUUGGACGAUGAGGAGGAUCAGGGGAUUUACCAGAGUAAAGUCCGUGACAUGAUUAGCGACAACCAGUACCGUCUGAUUGUGAAUAUCAAUGACCUCCGAAGAAAGAAUGAGAAAAGAGCCAGCCGUCUGCUGAACAGUGCCUUUGAGGAGAUGGUGGCUUUCCAGCGUGCCCUGAAGGACUUCGUCGCUUCUGUUGAUGCCACAUAUUCAAAGCAGUAUGAAGAUUUUUAUGUUGGGCUUGAGGGUAGUUUUGGAUCUAAACAUGUGACGCCCCGGACAUUGACAUCCCAUUUCCUCAGCUGCAUUGUCUGUGUGGAGGGUAUCGUUACAAAAUGCUCUUUGGUGCGCCCAAAGAUAGUCCGCAGUGUGCAUUACUGCCCUGCUACCAAGAAGACCAUUGAGCGCAAAUAUACAGAUAUGACAUCCCUGGAGGCUUUUCCGUCCACAGCUGUUUACCCCACCAAGGAUGAAGAGAACAACCCUCUUGAGACAGAAUUUGGCCUUUCUACGUAUAAGGACCAUCAAACCAUUACAAUUCAGGAAAUGCCGGAGAAAGCACCAGCUGGACAACUACCUCGCUCUGUGGACAUCAUUUUAGAUGAUGACCUAGUGGACAAGGUGAAGCCAGGGGACAGAGUACAGAUCAUUGGAACAUUCCGUUGUCUGCCGGGAAAGAAAGGUGGCUACACUUCAGGGACAUUUCGGACCAUUCUGAUCGCUUGCCAAGUGAAGCAAAUGAACAAGGAGGUUCGGCCUGAAUAUUCCUCAAAUGAUGUUAACAAGAUAAAAAAGUUCAGCAAAAAUCACUCAAAGGAUGUUUUUGAUCAGCUUUCAAGGUCUCUGGCCCCCAGUAUCCAUGGACAUGAGUACAUCAAGAAGGCAAUUCUGUGCAUGCUCUUGGGAGGAGUGGAGAAGGUGUUGGAGAACAGAAGUCGUCUUAGAGGGGACAUUAAUGUUCUGUUAAUUGGUGACCCUUCUGUUGCAAAGUCUCAGUUGCUACGUUAUGUGUUGUGUACAGCACCCCGGGCCAUUGCCACUACUGGCAGAGGCUCUUCUGGGGUUGGUCUGACUGCUGCUGUCACUACAGAUCAGGAAACAGGGGAGCGUUGUUUGGAAGCAGGUGCCAUGGUCUUGGCUGACCGUGGUGUGGUAUGCAUUGAUGAAUUUGACAAGAUGUCUGAUAUUGACCGCACGGCUAUCCAUGAAGUGAUGGAGCAAGGUCGUGUCACCAUUGCCAAAGCAGGCAUUCAGGCCCAGCUCAAUGCCCGCUGCAGUGUUCUGGCGGCUGCCAAUCCGGUAUAUGGAAGAUAUGACCAAUACAAAACCCCCAUGGAAAACAUUGGCCUUCAGGACUCUUUGCUGUCCAGAUUUGAUUUGCUGUUCAUUGUUUUGGAUCAAAUGGAUCCAGAACAAGACCGGGAGAUCUCUGAUCAUGUCUUACGGAUGCAUCGCUACCGAGCAGCUGGUGAACAGGAUGGUGACGCCAUGCCUUUGGGCAGCACAGUUGAACUGCUGGCCACGGACGAUCCUGCCUUUGCCGCUGAGGAGGAUAAGGAGCUGCAGGUGUAUGAGAGACACGAUGACCUACUGCACGGGUCUAAGAGGCGGAAAGAGAAGAUCGUAAGCGUGGAGUUCAUGAGGAAGUACAUUCAUUUUGCCAAGAUGCUCAAGCCAGUCUUAACAGAGGAGGCAGCAGCUUUCAUAGCCCAGGAAUAUUCUUCUCUUCGUAGUCAGGACCAGAUCAGCUCGGACAUUGCUAGGACUUCUCCCAUCACAGCCCGUACGCUAGAGACGUUGAUCCGACUCUCCACUGCACACGCCAAAGCCAGGAUGAGUAAAACAGUUGACAAACAGGAUGCAAAAGUUGCUCUGGAGCUGGUGCAGUUUGCCUAUUUCAAAAAGGUUCUGGAAAAAGAAAAAAAGCGGAAGAAGCAGGAUGAAGAUGAUACUGACUUCGAAACAGAUGGUGAAGUUGCUCAAGAAAGCGAAGAGAGACUGAAGAAGAGAAGGAAGACACGUUCUAGUGAUCAGGAGCCCAAGGAAGGAGAAGCCUAUGAUCCCUAUGAUUUCAGUGACACUGAACAAGAAAUGCCAGAAGUCCAGGCACACACUCCCAAGAGUCCUGAACCUUCAGGCACCGCAGAAGCGAAAUCAAAGUUGGCCGAGUCCAGGCUUAAAGCGUUCAAGGCUGCCCUUCUGGAAGCAUUCAGAGCUGCUCAUGCACAGUCUGUGGGUCUGAAGAGUCUGAUGGAGUCCAUCAACCGGGACAACCCAAGCCCUUUUUCAACGGCUGAAGUCAAGGUGGCAUUGGAAAAGAUGCAAGAUGAUAAUCAGAUCAUGGUGUCUGAUGACAUAAUUUUCCUUAUUUAACCUGAUAGGAAGAAGUAAGAGUUUCCUUUGGCUACGUGGUGUGGACACUCUUCACCACCUUCAGGGAGACCGUCCAGAAAGCUUGGUUGGCUUGGCUGACCUGAGUCAUCUAGAUCAGAAGAAUUUUGACUUCAGCUUGGAGCAAUCAAUGCGAGGAAAGCUGAAUGUAGACUAUGCAACAGUUAUAUGGGUGUUUUGCCUUGCUUUUUUCUGUUUUAAAGAAGAAAACCAUUACUUCCAAACUGCUUAAAGCCUCCACCUACUUGUAGUUUGUAAGGAGUCUUAAUUAGAAAUUCCCAAAUAAAUCCAGUGGAAGAAGCAUAAAUCCAGAGUUCCUAUGGUUAAAAUGUUUAAGAAGAUGACACAGCACACUGAGAGAAUUCUAAACUUUCAACUUUUCACCCCAUCAACUCUCCAAUGAAUUAAAGCCUACCUGCAAUGUAGUGCCCAAGUUUCAUUACUUGAUACAUUACUUUAACAAAACCGAAAUGUUGUAAUGAGUGCUACUGAGGCUAUUCAAAUGUUUUUACAAUUUAAGAUGGCACUGCAGGUAAAAACUGCUCUC